AUGGUGGCGGGCGAUUGGGGCUAUGCGCCGGCGUCGGCAGCGCCCGCCAUGAACGCCUUCCUGGAGACAAACCACGCACACCUGGCUUCGUACGGCCUCAAGAUGUCCCCUGAACCCGCAUGCGGAGUCGCUGCUCAGCAUAGAGCUGCAGCACCUCACCCUCCGCAUCCUUCGCACUACCAACACUACCCGUUGCACUCCUACCAGCCAGGAUACUUAAGAGAAUAUGGCGGGUGCGGAGAACUCUUCCCGCAACAGCCCCUAGAACAGAGUUGGGAUUGGCGAAACGAUGUGCACUACCAAACCGCCCCACCCUUGAUGCCACACGCCCAUCAGCCACACGCCUUCCUACGCUACGUCAGAGCUCCACCAAGACGUGACAUGCGAUGCCAAUGGCUGGACCCAGACCAGCCUCCCCCUAGGAAACUAUGCAAUAAGCUAUUCUCAAGUAUGCACGAAAUCGUGACGCAUCUGACAGUGGAACACGUAGGUGGUCCAGAGUGCACAACGCACGCGUGUUUCUGGCAGGGUUGUGCGCGGAACGGGAGGCCGUUCAAGGCGAAAUACAAACUAGUGAAUCACAUUCGAGUGCAUACGGGCGAAAAGCCCUUCCCGUGCCCGUUUCCCGGUUGCGGUAAAGUGUUCGCGAGAUCAGAAAACCUCAAGAUACAUAAGAGAACGCAUACAGGUAAGAUUAUAUUAUACUAG